UCUAUAUACGAGCUGCUUUGUGUUAUCAGCGGUUCUGUGGAAAACAGGUAGGCAACGAAAUAAAACAAAAUCCGACGCCACUUUUGCCGUUUUGUGAUUUGGAAUUUCUCAACAGAUUUUCCACAACUUUUCAUUUAGGUUUACUAUCUAUUAUUAGCGAAUGAAGUGAUAAAAAGUGCUGCAGUUUGAAUGAAAAUAGAUACGCCGGCAUGUUUUUUUAGCUAAAUUCCGUCUAAAUACACACGUUUUCCUAAAAUACUCUACAUAAGGUGAUCAAGGAAUACCAAACUGAACAUUUCUGAAUUUUGAAGGAUUAUAAAAAGUCGCUAUCAUGGAGGGAGCCUUCAUAUUCACCCCUGUGGUGACCAAGGAUGAAUGGGAAACUGUGAAUGCAGAAAUAAGGACUAAAGUAGAAGGAUUUGUUAAGGAGAAGUUCGAGGAAUUCAUCACUGCUAAGGCCUUGUUGGAAACUAAAUGUUUCAAUGCAGAACAAACAAUUGCCGAACUGAGAGCAUCCAAUGAACGCCUUCAGUCAGAAUCCGACACCCUGAAAGCAAAGCUAGAAGUCGCCGCAAAAACCGUCGAAGAACACGAGGUACAACUUGCAAACCUGACCUCUGAAAUCAACCGACUUCGCCAGCAAUGCAACACUUUGGAAGCCGAGACAGCGGAGUAUAGGCAUCAGCGUAAUCUGGCUGUCGACGAGAAAGACGAGCAUCUGAAGAUGAUGCAACGGAGGGAUGCGGAGAUUGAAAGGUGGCAAACAGAGAUGGCAACAUUGACUAAGCAGUUGGAGUCUGCUGUUAAUGCUAAAUGCGAGGCUUUGGCACAAGCAGAUGAAGUCGCAUCAAUGAAAAUCACCAUAGAAUAUCGGGAAAAACGAUUAGAACAAGAAAGAGCACUACUUAACAACCAAAUGGAAAGUCUGACAGAGGAAUUGAACCAACGCACUGAAGAACUACUUAACAUCAGAAGAGAUAACACAGUUAGAUGCAUCCAACUAGAAACAAAACUAUCUGAAAAAACACAAGAAUUAGCCGUGUCUGCCGAACAUAUAAAAUCCCUGACAGAACUGAACAACAACUUAGUGACAAGGAACGAAGAACUGACGCAAAAAAUGGAGAAUCAGAGAGAAGUUGACGCGAAAAUGAAUGAAUCUUAUAUAUACGAGAUAGAUGCCAAGACAAAAAUGGCCAAUGCUUACAAAGCUAUGUAUGAGGAGAGUAAUAAGCAUGCUGAGGAGAUUAAGGAGGCUUUAACGGAGGUCCAACAACUGCUGAGAACUGCAACUGAGCAGUAUGGCGAUUUAGAAACUAAACACAAGGAAUCUGAACUGAUGCAUGAAGAAAUCCUGGCAAAGAAGAAUGAGUGCAUUGAAGUGCUGAAGAAAGAAUUAGAAACUGCAAAUGACGUUAUAAAGGGAUUGAAGUCGAAUGAUGCUCGCGCUGAUUUAGAAGGCUUGGCCUCCGCGGCUGCAGCAGCCAUGAAACUCCCCAAGCCAGGCCUCACCUUCUCCGAAGUAUACGCCAAAUAUGUCUCAACUCACGAGAAACUCAUCGACAAAGACGAAGAAUGUGCUAGACUAAACAAUUACAUCAGCUGCAUUGUAAAAGAAAUCGAAGAGAAAGGACCGUUGAUCAAAAAACUGCGUCAAGAUUACAGCGAUACAUUGGACGCGAAUGAAGAGUUGACACAGGCUAAUGAUCAGUUGACGAUGGAAGUGCAGCAAUUGAGGGAAGCGAUGGCUGAAUGUAAGAGGCUGGAGGGUGUUACUGCGAGGGAAAAUGAGAGACUGAAGAAAGACGUAGCCGACCUAUCUCGCCAAGUGGUCCACCUCCUCCAAGAAGUCGAGCACUCCCGAGCAGGUUCCUCCUCAACCUCAACAGACAACGAGACGAACGACAGUGUCAGCUCAGCUGACAUCAUCACAAAGAAGUUGGUCACCUUCAACGACAUUGCUGAACUCCAAGACACCAACAGAAAACUGCUCGCUUUAGUCAGGGAGUUGACUGAAAGGCAGGAAGAAGCAGAGUUGAUCGAUCCGGCGUCCAUUGCUAAUCUUAAGUCUAAGUUGGAGGAGUUGAGAGCCUCACAGGAGGAACUGCUAGAGGAGAGGGAGAGGCAGAACAAGAUGAUGGCCACACUGAGAAGCCAGAGGGAUAUGUACAAGAAUUUGUAUUCGCAGGUUCAAAGAUCGUCUGGCGAAGAAAUGCCGCUAGAUCGCCCAUUCGAAAAAGAAGGUAAUGACACCCAGAUCCAAAGCGAACCUGAGACUCAACUGACCAAUAAAGUCAAAGAAUUGCAAGAUACCAUAGAGAAGCUCAACAAGAAAAUUGACAUGCUGAAGGAAGAGAACGAUACUUAUCGCAAAGAGAAGACUGCGAAUGAGAAGAUUCUUUUGGAACAGUUGGAGACAUUAAGAGCAGAAGCAAAAGAGUUGACUAGAUUAAAUGGAAAGUUGGUAUCGCAUGCGGAUGUCAACGAGGAGAAGUUCAAGAUAAUGAAAAACAACGUAGAAAUUUACAAGAAGCAAAUAGUAGCAUUGGAGAAGCAGAAUAAGAUCUACAGUGAGGCGAUCAUCAAGCAUGAACAAGCUGCUACUUAUUUGAAAGAUGAGACUUUGCAGUCCCAGGCCAAGCUGUCCAAAGCCGAAGUAAUGCUCAGCAAUCUGCAAAAGGAGAAUGCUCUGCUUAGGGAUGCUGAACAGAGGCUACUAAAGGAACGCGAAUCUCUGAAACGCGAUCAACACCAACAAAACCUGAUCAAAUCCAACAUGGAACUGAUCAAAGCAACCUUAGAACGCACAGAUGCUGAAAGCAGGAUUAGACUAGAAACUCGUUUGGAUGAAGCUCAUAGGGAAUGUGCUGCAUUGAGAAGGCGUCUCCAAGAGGACCAAGAUCACUUCAGACAACUCUCAGAACACCUGCAAAAGCAAACCAAAGAUGCCCAAGAUAGGGCUGAGGAAGAAAGAAGUCAAGCUGAGAAGUUGAGGAAAGAGUUGAGUGAAGCUAGGGAUGAACUGAUCCAGAAAACCAAGCAAAUGGAAGAGCUGAGUAAGAAGUUGAAGAUGGGAAUAUUCACUGUGCCUGAUACCAGUGCUGAGGUGAAGAAAAUUAGAGAAUUGGAGGAACAACUUACCAAUUCAGAAUCUCAGAUUAAUUCUCUGAAUGUAAAACUCAAGGCUUCUAAGGAAGCAACAGAGGAAUACAUGAACCUCGCUCAAGCAUCAGAGAAACAAGCUAAGGACAUCUUUGAACAGAAUGAGACAUUGCAACAAACUAUCGAGAAACAGAAAGAAACAAUCAAACAAUUGCAAGAGAAAUGCCAAGAACUGGAAGGAGAGCUCUCCAUCCAACUAGACGACGAAGACAUCAAAAAUGCCGGCUUGAAAAACAAAUCCAGCCAGCUCCAAGAAGAGCUCAACAUCAAGACCAUGGAUCUGAACACUGCAAAGCAACAAUUGGAGGCUGCCAGAACAGAAAGUAGGACCUUAGUUGAGCAGCUAAAGGCAGUUGAGAACAAAUAUGCCAGGGAAGUGACGCUGCAUUCGGUAGAUUUGCAAUCGUUGAGCAAUAUGAAGGAGCAACUUGAGACGGCAUUGGGUAACAUUAAUGAUUUGGACGCUGAGAAGGCUAAUGCUGUUGCAGCACUCAAUGAACACUUGAAGGCUGAAGAAGAGCGAGACAAGAUCUUCCGAAAAGAAAAAGAAGAAUUGGAAACCAGAUUCAAGGAUAUGGAUGCCCAAAAUGCACUGCUUUUGGACCAAAUCCAAGCACUGAACACCCAGUUGUCUAUUCUACAAGCACAAGCCUCGGAAACCCCAACGCCUAACACAUCGAUAGCAGAUCAGUCAAUGAAUAGAUCAUUAACGGAAGAUGAUGUCAAGUCUUCUGAGCAGUUAUUGAAGAUCAUCAAAUAUCUUAGACAAGAAAAGGAUAUCGCGAUCAGCAAAGCCGAGAUCAUGGAGGCAGAACACAUCAGGUUGAAGUCUCAGUUUGACGUGAUCACCAAGCAGUAUGAAGAAGCAAAGGCUGCAGUGGAAGUAGAGAGGCAAAAACAGGAAGUGUCCGUGGUUUCAACAUCUAAACAUGCUGAAGUAUUACGGAAAUUGGAGACGCUUAAUGCUAUCACAGACAGCAAUAGGACGCUCAGGUCUGAGAGAGAUGAAUUGUUGUCUCAGAUAACCGAGUACAGGGAGAGAGCUGAGAGGCUGGAGAUAGAAGUGGCUCCACUGCAAGAAAAGAAUCGUGACCUGUCCACCAAAGCCGACCAAAUGCAGGCUGAAAACAUAUCGUUGCGAGCAGAAUGCACGAGGUGGCGCCAGAGAGCUAACAUGCUCAUAGAAAAAACGAACAGAACCAGUCCUGAAGACUGGAAGAAACUCCAGACUGAGCGGGAGACUUUAGCCAAGCAGUUGACUAUUGAAAGAGCCACAACGACUAAGCUCAAUGAUGAAAUCAAUACCCUGAAGCAGGAUAAGAGCAAAUUGGAAGAGCAACUGAAGAGUGUCAGGGCUCAAAAUAACCAACAGGCUGAAGAGCUAGCUAAGCUUCGCGAAGAGGUGACUGGGCUCCAACAGCAAGUCAACCAGUUGCAGAAUACUAUUGACCAGCAGAGUGCUGAGUUGCUCAAAUUGAAGGAGGAGAAUCGUGUAUUGACUGAAGAUACGGCUGCCAAAGACGUCACACUCACAGAACUGAAAAACAACCUCGCCCAGAUCAGGAAGAUUGCUAAGAAAUACAAAAUACAGUGCGAAGAACAGACUAAGGAAAUUGAGGCAUUGAAUAAACAGAAGGCAGAGAGUGAAAGUCAACAGUCUUCCAAUGCUGAACGACAAGAACAGGUUCUUAAUGAACAACGCACAGAACUGGAACAAAGAAUCACCCAACUCGAAAACGCCCACAAAGAAGCAGUUGCUAAGCUGAAUGAGCAAAUAGCAGCCAAUAUGGAGCAGAUUGAAAGCUACAAGAAGGAAAUUGAAGCGCUGAAACAGUCCAGCAUGGAUAAAGAAGACAGGUUUAAGAAUCUGUUUAAGAAUGCCAAAGAGAGGAUCGUCAGUUUACAAGAGCAGAACAGUAGUUUGAAAGAGGAGUUGACCAAGCAAGAUAGAGGUGGUGGUGGAGAUCAGUCUAGUGAAGGAAGUAGCAGUAAAAACGCGGAACUUCUAGAGAAAAUCGCGGAACUUGAACGCGAGAGAGAUGAACUUAUAGACGAACGUCAACAAGAAAAGGAGAAGUUCCUAACAGAAUGCGAAAACCUCAACCAGCGUUUGACACAGUUGCAAAGGCAGUUGGAUAAACAGCAAGGUUCUAAGCCGAGUACCAGUUCUGCUAGUUCAGAUAAGUCUGCUACCGAGAGACCUACGGCUGAUAUCAAACCCAUGGCAGGACAUUCUACGAAUACUCAAACCCAGUCAGCAAGAAUACAACCAUGGUGUAGUGGCGGUGAACCACCAUUAGCUAGUAUUAGACCAAUGUCAGCACAACUAAGAACUGUUGCUGUAUUACCUACUAGCCAGAGUCCGAGUGCUGUUAUGGUUCCACCCCAGCAACAGGUUCACACCACUGGCGGCUCGAGCACCAUCGAAUCCCUCUCAUCGAGCCCAACUAGCUCUCAUACCGACUACGCCCCAGCUACUAGCUCCGCCUCCAGUUCGGGCGCGUCUGCAAAUCCAUUGGCUGGUAGUUCGGUGGGCGGCGCAGCGGGCAGCAGCGGGCGUCAAGCUGCCGCGGUACCGCCUACGCAGUCAUCGCAGGAUGCCGGCGAGGAUGAUGAAGCUACUGCGGCGACGGCAGCCGGUACUACCGGGAGUGGAAAUGGCUCAGCGGCACAGGCUGCGACUAGUGCUGUUGGAGGUAGCACGCAGGGACAUACGGUAGCUACGGGUGCGCAAGGACAAAGUCAAACCACCCUUCAGCAACAGCAAGCUGUUGCCUUAGUUAUGCCCAGAGUCGAAGUACCAAGUAGUGCUCCAACCCAAGAACAAGGCACUAGUAGUAGCAGUUCAAAUACCGUAACCACAUCUCAAGCGGGACAUAAAAGACAACGUGAACCUGACGAUAGCUGCCAGGCUGAGGAACAAGGCAAAACACAGCAAAGUAAACGAACUAGGAUACAGCAAUCUGGUACCGUGAGCGAUAGUGGCCUAGAAGUAGAAUAUCAAGUGCCAACAAGCAGCCAAAGGGACCACGAUGAUUAUAAUGUGAUUGUUGUGGAAAGUGAUGAUGAUGAAGAAGUGGAAGAGGGUGCUGCAGAUGAAGGAGAUGGAGAUGCUGGAGAGGAUCCUGACACUGAAGGAUAUGACAUGGAAGGAAUGGAACAAGAUAAUUAUGAAGAUGCAGACUGUCAGGAUGUAGAAGACGAGGAAGGUGGUAACGAAGUAGAAGUGAUAGAAGAUUCUAGCGAGGUUCCGAAUCAGAGCGAGGGGUCCGUGCAAGAAGGUAGAGGUGAAGAAGGAUCUGAACAACCUCAGUCGGAAGCGAUCAGUAGCGGAACAGACGGCCCCGCCUUCAUAGUGACAAUCUCGCAAGCAUCGCCUUCCGUUCCCUCCACCAACUCUGUGUCUCGCACCGCCGCCCGCCAGGUGGCGCCACUGUCCAGACACCAUCUGUUCGACGAGGGCGGUCAAUGCAGUGGCGACGAUGGGAUCGUUCCCUCUACGCCGACGUUGUUUGUACCUCGUAGAUCGGACGGUUACGGCGAAGCGGUUAGCUCGCCGCACGUGCCUAACGCGCCGCCCGCCGCCAGGUUCACGUUCGGGGAACCACCGGCUGUCAUACAGCCGUUGCCUGCUGUAGCGGUGGCCGAACAAGCGUUGGAUGAUGACAGUACAGGACGAAGUGUCCCAACCACCCCUUUGCAAAGUUCUCCACAAGAAUCAAUUCCUGUAGGAGGAGCUAGUGGAACUGGUGAAGAACAACAGGAAGAAGAACCUUCACAUGCUGACGCUGAAUUGCCAACUGUAGAUAUAGAUGAUAAUGAAACUGGAGGUGAAGGUAGCAGUAUGGGUCCACCAACCAUGGCUGGGUUAUCUGAAGGUAGUCAACAAUUAGACCAAGGUGAAGAAAUGCUUGAGGGAGAUGAUGGGCUCAACUGUCUGUUUACGUUCCACCCAAGUUCUAAGAGUAUGUGAUGAGCAAAAACAUGGAAGUUGGGGUUCAGCUUAAAGUUGAUCUUAGCCAAGCAGUGUAACAGUAUUAGUGGGGAGUGUAUUUCGGCAAGAACGCAAAAGCCGAAACCGGAUUGAACUCCAGUUGCCGUCAUACUGUUUUUGGUGAGUUCUGAAGGCGAGAAACCUCUAGCAGCAGAAGAUGGUGAAGAAGAGGAAGGAAGAGAGGCGGAAGCGUCCCCUAGCACAAAUACAAGAACGCAGAGGGGAAAUUCGGCGAGAAGAUCCAUGAGGCACAUACCAACUAGGGGCGUAGGAUCUAGAACGCAAGGCCCUACUCCUAUUGUAUGGGGAGGCGAUAGGCAACAGCAGCAAAGGCAAGAUCGUAGAGGAGGAUCCCUCUCUCCGAACUUCCAAUCAAGAUCAGUAGCAAGAAGGGCAAGAGGGAGGAUUCAACGGCCAUUUAGUGGCAAUUUUAGGCAGUAAAGGUUCAUUCCAUAUAUUUAUCGUUCAUAUUCGUUCACAUUACAACCAGAUGUGUUAGAUAUAUUAUUUUUAUUUUGUCGAUAAUCCCAUCCUGAACAUUUGAAAAACAGGAUAUUUUUUGGAAUUUUACCGAGCCACUAGUCGCCAAAUCGUCACCACUAAUGGCUCUCAUACAAAAUAUACGGAAAAUGUUGCAACCGCACCAGUGGCAUAAUUUGCACCAUCGGUAUGUGCGGGCGACUUUAUCAUUCAUUUUCAUUGAACAAAUUAAUGUUCAUUCUACUCCAUAAUUGCUUAUUGAUUUUGUGUUCCUACUCAAAUGUGAAAUGAUGAGAUCAUCUUAAGUGAAUUCAUUUCUUAAUAUUUAAGUGAAAAUCACGUAUUUAAAAAUCUUUGAUUUCAUGAACAUUCAAAUUUUAAUGUAUGUGUUGACUCUUGUUAUUAGUUUCCACGAAUGCAUUUAUAAAACGCAUAGAAGC